UUGAGCUCUCUAUAAACGCAGAGAUUUUUACGUUUAUUUUUACUUAGUUUAUCCCAAUUUUGUUUAAGUUUUUUCCGUUCAAUUUUUGACAAAAAAAAAAAAAAUCAUUAAAAAUGUCUUCGGUUAAUUUACAUCCACCACAAACCUAUUCGAGGCUUUUCCGUCCCUGGGAUUCGAAAUCUAGCGACGAGGAUAGCAGCAGUGAUUGUAGUUCAAGUGCAGUGAAACAAGAACAAGAAAUUAAUGUUAGUUGCGAAAGCCCGGCUUCCAACAUAAACAAUCAAUCAAUUUAUGAAGAAGUGCCACAAAGUGACCAUCAGCAAGGUGUAUUCCCUGUUAGCCCGAUGGGGUCUUAUACUUUUGAAAAUACACAGUUUGCACCAGGAAUGCCGGGUGUUAGUGAUUUGUAUCAAUAUCCGAGUGGACUACCUUUGCCGUCGGCACCAUUUGUCGGAAUGGAUCCGUUCUCAAUGAGUCUGAUGGAACAGGAGUAUGCCAGAGUUAUGGCUGAAGAUGCCCAUUUAAAAGCUCUCAAUUCCCGAAAACAACGACCAAAGAAGUUCAAGUGCCCUCAUUGUGAUGUUGCCUUUUCUAACAAUGGCCAACUUAAGGGUCAUAUUCGCAUUCAUACCGGCGAAAGACCAUUCAAAUGUGAUGUUGAAUCCUGCGGAAAAACUUUCACACGUAACGAAGAACUAACCCGUCAUAAGAGAAUCCAUACUGGUCUCCGACCAUAUGCCUGUACUUCAUGUGGAAAGAAAUUCGGCCGUCGAGAUCAUUUAAAGAAACACAUGAAAACCCAUAUGCCACAAGAGCGCCAACUUGGACCUGCAAUAUUUGUGCCUAUGUAUCCAUACUUGUAUGGAUACUAAAACAAUAAAUAACAGUCUGGAACUUUGUAUUUUGUCUGAUUUGUUCGUGUUUAUGAAAAAAAUCAGACAUUAUUUUCUAAAAUGUUUAUAAGAAAUCUAUGUAAAAACAUGUAUAUUUUGUAAAAGUAAAAAAAAAAAAUGUAAAUAUGUUAAAUAUUUAAUUUAAGCAAAAAAAAAAGUGAUGAUAGCCAUU